AAACAGUUGGCUUCCUAAGAGGAGUGUACACCAUGGAUCGGUAUCUUUCCAGAAAACGGGCCCGGAGUCCACCGGCGCCCACCUGCUCGGACGAAGACUCGACCGAUAUGAAGCUCGCGCGCCUGGCCUCACUCUUCCCGAACAUGGCUCUAGAUGCAUUGAUGGAGAUUCUCCUCUCCACUGGCGGCUGCGUCGAGACGGCAAUCACCACGAUCCAAGCUCAGGCCUCUCUGUACCCUCCCAAAAGGCGAUCAACGGCCGGCGCCACACCCGCGGUUCAGACUUCCUUGAAUGCCCACAUGCGAAUAUCCCACCACCCGGAACAAAAGCGAUCGCGGACCCGAAAAGGCAAGACGCUGCAUCUAUACUCCCCGGAAGACAUCGCGGCGCACACGCCCUGCACCAUCAUCCACAACUUCCUGCCCGCGGAGCAAGCCAACGCGCUCCUCCUCGAGCUCCUCGACGAAUCGCAGCACUUCUCACGCUACCGAUUCCAGCUCUUCGACCGCACCGUCCAGAGCCCCCACUCCGCCAGCAUCUACGUCGCCACCCCCGAGCAACACCGCCAGCACACCUCCGAGUACACCUACGGCGGCACCUACCGGGCCACCGUCCGGCAGACCACCCCCCACCUGCGCGCGGUCUCUGGCAAGGUCCAGCAGGCGGUCAACGCGGAGAUCCAGCACCGCAUCCGCACCGUCUACCCGGGCGGCCGCAAGCUGAAGUAUCAGUCCCCCAAAGAGUGGAUGCCCAAUGCGGCCUUUGUGAAUUGCUACGACGGCCCCACGGAGGCGGUUGGAUACCACUCAGAUGAGCUGACCUAUCUCGGCCCGCGGGCCGUGAUCGGAAGCUUGAGUCUCGGCGUUGAGCGGGAGUUUCGUGUCCGAAGGAUUGAACCGAAUCCUUUGGAAGAACACAACAACUCUCGCAAAGCACCGACGACACCGUCAUCACCAGCAUCAGCAUCAGCAUCAUCCCGGGCAGACGCUCAGGGUCAAAUCUCUAUACACCUCCCGCACAACUCGCUGCUGGUCAUGCACGCUGAGAUGCAAGAGGAAUGGAAGCACGCCAUUGUCCCGGCACAAACCAUCUCGCCGCAUCCGCUGGCGGGGAACCGGCGCAUCAACGUCACGUAUCGGUGGUACCGCGACUCAUUGCACCCGCGGUACACGCCCCGGUGCCGGUGUGGCGCCCAUACGAUUCUACGGUGUGUGCAGCGCAGACGCGAGACCCGGGGCCGGUAUAUGUGGAUGUGCUAUGCGGGGUAUGCCCCGGGCAAGAAAGGGUGUAGCUUUUUCCAGUGGGCGGAUUUCGAUGAUGAUGGGGAGCCACUCUGGGACAAGACGGCGGUGCAUGAUGAUGCGCCGUGGUUGGAGAACUUCGUAGAAGGAUAGGACCAGUUUGAGACUGGGGUGGGGGGGGCACGUAGGAAAUGAGAAGGGGAAUACCAGUAUAUGAGAAUAUCCGAUCAACAGUGG